GACAACUCUUCAUUGACAAAUUCCUUGUUUCAAUAAAAAAUCACGUAGUACGUUAGUUCUUAUUACAUUCCCUAUAAAACAGCGCCAUCUUGCCUCGUAACUUCUAAUUCGUCAGUGCCUGUGAAUGGACUUGUCAUAAGUGUUUUAUGUUAUUUUGUUUCUUAUUUCCGUUGAAAUUAGUGCAUUAAAUUUGCAGUAUAUAUUACGUAUUACGAAGUCACGCCCGAGCAUGAGAAAGCAUAGGUAGUUUCGAAAUUGACAUAUCACGUAUUUUCAUGGAUUAAUCUUGCACCUAAGCCAGUUUUAAUAACACGGCUUUUUUGAAGGAAAAUUUGAAUCCUCCAUUCUAUCAAUUCUAGGAUUUUAUUGUGAUUCAAAAAGUGUUUGGAAGUUUUCUAUAUUUGUGGACAAGAAGUAGCUUCAUCAACGACCCCAGCCAUAUUUCAUAUGCCAACAAUGGCUAUGCAGAAGUGGUAAUUUUUUAGAUGAGAAGACAAGGUCAAGACGUUAUGCAGGUGAAUUUAGCAGGAAUUAGGCGAGAUAUUGUUAACCUUGCUCACAACUAUAGCAAUGCUCAGAAAGCUGUACGCAAAGCCACCAGCAAUGAUCCUUGGGGUCCAAGUAGUACACUUAUGGCAGAAAUUGCUGAUUUAACAUAUAAUGUUGUGGCUUUUACUGAAAUUAUGCAAAUGUUAUGGAAAAGAUUAAAUGAUCAUGGUAAAAAUUGGCGACAUGUGUACAAAGCUUUAGUUCUUUUAGAAUAUCUUAUUAAAACAGGCACAGAAAAAGUUGCACAGCAAUGUAAAGAAAAUAUUUUUGCCAUCCAAACGUUGAAAGAUUUCCAGUAUAUGGAAGGAUCUAAGGAUCAAGGAGUGAAUGUUAGAGAAAAAGCAAAGCAACUAGUGGCCUUAUUAAAAGAUGAUGAAAGAUUAAGAAAUGAAAGAGCUAGAGCAUUGAAAGCAAAAGAAAGAUUUGCACAAUCAGUUAGUGGAUUUGGUAGUGAUGGACUGGAUACUAUGUCACCUGUAAGCAGUGAUUUUCAAGAUUGGGAACCAUGUCGUCUAGGAUCUGAAACUACAACUAGACCUGAAUUGGAGGCUGCAAGACCACAAACGGUAGGUGAGGAAGAACUACAGCUACAAUUAGCUUUGGCAAUGUCGAGAGAAGAAGCAGAACAGGAAGAGCAAAGAAGACGUAGUGAUGAUGUCAGAUUGCAAUUAGCUCUUAGUCAAAGUCAGCAAGAUUUUAAAGCACCUCAAACUGAGAAACAAAGUCAUAUGUUAGAUUUACUGGAUGUAAACUUAGAAGAAGCAUGUGGAUAUAAUGUAAAAACUGAUCCUUGGGGCAUACCAAUUACACCGCCUCCACCCAGACCUCAAUCUUUGGAUUUAUCUCAAUGUAAUUUGUAUAAGCCACAAAACGAUCCAUGGAGUGCUCCUACAGCAAACAGUACAUCAUCUGCAAUAGAUCCAUGGACUCCUGUUCCAGCGCAAAGACCGACUGCUACAAUUGAUUCGUGGCGAGCACCUCCAUCAUCGCCUGUAACAGUUACAACUUCACCUAGCACAGACCCUUGGUCUCCAAUACCUUCUGGUACUACUACUACUACUACAACUACUGAAGCUGAUACAAAUAAAAAACAGGUUAGCCGGGAAGGUUUGACAUCCGCUUCUCCAUCUUUUAACAAUCCAACCUUAACACAAAACAUUGGUUUCGCGGCACAAUCGCCGCAAAACAUAGGCUUCAAUUUGCCUACAACUUCAAAUGCUACAUUUAAUACAACUAGUAACGGUUUCAACGGUACUGGCCCUAGUCUUAACAAUUUCUCUAUUGGAAAUCAGAAUAGCACUACAGCCACUCCACUAAGCGAUUUAGAUGAAUUUGAUAUAAUUACUAACAGAAAUAAGCCUGGAUCUAGUCUGCAAACUACAAAUAAUGUAAGUACACUAUCACCUGAUCCAUUUGAAUUGGGGAGCAUAGCUGAAACUCUUCCCACUAGUACAGGAGCUGUUAAGAAAACACCACAGUCGUUCCUUGGAGAGAACUCUGCUCUUGUUAAUCUUGAUAAUCUUGUCAGUACUUCUACGAUCAAACCAUCGACGCCUACACCUACAGCAACCAUGUCAUACUCAGCAAAUCCGUUUGCGACGGCAACACCACCACCCCGUCCUUCAAUUAAUCAGAUUCGACAAGAUCCUUGGGCAGCGAAUACAACUACUACAGCGAAUCCGUUCCUCUCGUAGCUUGGUGAUAAUUAUUGAAGGUGUCAGUCGAAAAUCAAGAGCACUGUGGUCUAAAAAGUAUUCGAGAUUUUUAGUGGUAACCCUGUACGGUAUAAGUUUCUGGCUCGAAAUAAAAGUAGCCUUAUUUCAAGGUAUAAAUGACAAA